GGCUUCGCAGAUAAGAACCCACCCUCUUCCUUCCAAUUUAGCAGAAUAACCUAUACUCGCAUACACAGCACAGAAGCUAUUAGCAGAGCUUCAUCAAAUUUCUGAACUACAACAACCAGAAGAACAAAAACAAGAUGUCGUGGCAAGCAUAUGUAGAUGAUCAUCUUAUGUGCGAAAUCGAGGGCAAUCAUCUCUCUGCUGCUGCCAUCAUCGGCCAAGACGGCAGCGUUUGGGCCCAGAGCUCCAACUUCCCUCAGUUCAAGCCUGAAGAAAUCACUGGCAUUAUGAAUGACUUUAAUGAACCCGGCACACUUGCUCCAACUGGAUUGUAUCUUGGUGGCACAAAAUACAUGGUGAUUCAAGGCGAGCCUGGAGCUGUCAUUCGGGGGAAGAAGGGACCUGGUGGUGUUACUGUUAAGAAGACGAAUCAGGCUUUAAUAAUUGGUAUCUAUGACGAGCCAAUGGCUCCAGGGCAGUGCAACAUGAUUGUUGAAAGGCUUGGCGAUUAUCUCAUUGACCAGGGUCUUUAAUCACUAUAUCUCUCCUGCUAUUGAUUGCAAUUUUAUUGGCUUCCAUACAAGCUCGUAUUUGCCUACCAGCUGUCGGAAUGGCUAAAUGCGGAGAAAUAAUCUUAUGAAAAAAUAUUAAAAGUCAAAAGGGAAGACUGUGUGGAAAGAAAAGGUUUGGUGCUUGUUAAAGUGAAUGGAUAUGCUGAUGGCUUUGUUGUUGUACUAUUUUUGAUUGUGGUAUUGGAUGAUUGCCUAGUGAAGUAAUUUGUCUAAACUACAGUGGAUUUCAUCUGAUGGAUAUGGUAAUUUUGAUAUAAACUUACAAGUAAUUCAGUCUA